AUCAUAUCAUCGUCUUCCUAUCGUUCUUGCGCAAACAUCAAGUAGCUGUUAUACGCAGUGUUGUUCAUAUGACUGUCAAAGCCAAAGAAAAUUGAGUCCGGCAAUGUCAGCAAGGACCGUUGUUGGGAGAAACCGUGCCUCGAAAAGGCGCACACCGAAAGCCUGCACAAGAUGCCGCGAUCAAAAGAUUAAAUGCUCGGGUUCAGACCCCUGUCAACAAUGUAGCAAGAGAGAGCAGGAUUGCGUCUUUCCUGACGAGUCGCAAAAGGUGGUGGUCACCAGGAGGUACAUCAGCGACUUGCAAGAAAAGCUGGCCGCAUCCGAGCGGCGAGCAUCUUUGAUGGUCUCACAAGACCCGCCAUUGGAUGAACAUUCAAACGACAAAACUCUCGAAAUCCCUGACGACGCCACUGAAAGUUAUCUUUCGACACAGGACCGAACAGUGGGAACCAUUUUCCCUAUUACGCCCUCAUCUUCGACUGUACUUGCUUCAUCUCUUGGCGUUCAUGUGCCCACAAACGAGGCACCGCUCACAAAUCCACUUGCGUUCCAUACAAUAGACUGGGUUCCUGGUCCUAGUGGUACUCCCGUAUUUAUGGGAACGUCUUCCAAUUGGGCUUUCAACCGACGGGUUUUAUCUAUGACCCAUGAAGCAAUCACCGGCACUGCCUUGUCCCCAGAGAACCUAUUCUUUGACGGAAAGGUUUACGACUUGAAGUGGGAUGGAGGCCGAAUUCCAUCUCCAGGGGAUGAUUUCAGCCUUGCCAGUUUGCCAACUCAGGAUUUUGCAAUCUAUCUGAUUAAUUCCGUCAAGUUUCACUGCUGCCGGCUGUUCUAUCUGUUUGAAGAGGAAAGUUUCAUGGAGCAUUUUGCCACAUUCCACGCAAGUGCCGCGGAUCAGUCAAAGGUCCCCCGGCUGUGGUUUGUUCAUUACCUCAUUCUACUAGCAUUCGGCAAGGCGUUUAUUGUACAGACAUCAAAGUCACACCAACCUCCUGGGGCAGACCUGUUUGUGCAAGCUAUGAAGCUUAUGCCGGACUUCACCUUCUUCGAGUGUGACUAUAUAGAAAGGAUGCAGGUAAUUUGCUGUACCUCGCUGUAUCUUCACUGCAUCAGCUGUCGGCCCGCCGCUUAUCGAUAUAUUGGACAGGCACUUAGCACAGCGUUUGAACAUGGCCUACAUACCGAGAUGCAGAGCCACCACCUAAACGAGACAUAUGUUCAGAGGUGCAGGCUAGUAUGGUGGACAAUAUAUGUCUUGGAGCGUCAAAUGUCAGCACUUAUGGGAGUGCCUAUGUUCAUCUCGGAUGAGUGCGUCUGCACACCGUUCCCCAUAUUUUACGAGCAAGCACAAAGAACCAGCGCUUUGCACAUACAGAUCAAGUUGGCGCAGGUACUGGGGCAGAUCCAUCAGACUGUUUACGGCAUUGAAGGACAGCUCGACAGUCGCUACUUGGGUGCCACAAAGGCUGUUCUCCAAAGUAUAGCAGGCCUCGCCACCGACCUCCAUGGUUUGUUUGACAUAGACUCCAGUGAGAACACAUCCGGAGUCUCCCGUGUCUCGGCACAUUUGCAUCUUCAGUACCACCAAUGCAUCGUUCUAACCACCAGACCGCUAUUAUUCAUAUUCCUACAGUGCAAACUCGGCCAAUCUGAAGCAGUGCUGAUGCAGUGGCUGCAUUCCGAUAGCAUCAGAAGCUUACUACAGGUUUGCACAGAUUCUUCGCGACAGAUAAUCAAAAUCUUAUUGAGAUUGUUGAGUCAUGGUUUACUGGAAAGCUUCCUGACAUUUGAUCUGGAUGCUACAUCAACAGCUGCAGUCGCCAUGUCUAUGGCUGCAGCCAUUGAGCCGACUUUGAUUUCCGACCAAGCAGCAUGGUCCCAACGGGUGUUCCUCAUUCUCGAAGAAAUGAGCUCUCACGGUAGUAAGAUCGCAGGAAUGAUCUCAUCUGAACUGAGGCAGCUUGAUAAUUAUCUUCGCCAUCUCAAUGCAGGCGAAGAAGUCCCAGCCCAAAUUCAUGGGACACAGCGUACUGCCUCUACAAAUGAUGUUGCUUUAUACCCAACAGACCAGGCCCUAGGUUUAGAAUUUGAGCAAAGCCUGGCGAUGGAGGCCGAGCUUAGCACAGACCUUCUGAUUGAUAUCGCUAACUCGCUGGAUCCUGAGAGCUUGAGCUGGGAUUUUCCCGUGGCUGAAGGUUAG